AUGUCACAUAAUCAUAAUAGUAAUAAUAAUAAAACCACUACCACAACAACCAAUGAUAGUGGGUCAGCAAUAGCCAAUGGGAUUAAUUUAGAGAAAAUAUUUGCAGACGUUAAAGAAUGUAAUUAUAAUCUUGUAAAUUCAAUUACUGCAACCGAAGCAAUUCAAAAAGAAAAAGAAUCAUUGGAAAAUGAGCUCUCAACUAAAGGUACCAUUGGAGAUGGAAAAAGAAUUAAAAAAUUACAAUAUAAUAUUUCAUUACAAACAGAGACUCUAAUGAAAACAUUAAUGAAAUUAGAUUCCCUCUCAAUUACCGGUCAUAUUAAACAUUCUCAUAAAAUUAAAAAAGAAGUAAAAAAAGAAAAACAAUUACAACAACAAUUUGAUGAAGAUUUAGAUUUAAAUACAAGUGGAGAUUCAAGAAGUAGAUCAGAAUCAAAUUCAACAACAAAUACAAGUUCAAGUAAUUUUAGUGAUAGUGAUAGUAGUGAUAGUAGUAGUGAUAGCGAUAGCAGUGAAAGUGAUACUGAAGAUUAUAUUCCAAAAUUCUCACCUCAUAAACUUAGAAAAUAUAGAAAACAAUUGGUAAAUAGAAUUAUGAGAUUAAUCGAUUAUCUUGAUGUCCUUUCAAAAGAAACUAUAGAAUUGAAAAAGAAAUAUGAACAAUCAAAAAUUAAUAAUACUGCCGCUUAUAAUUUAAAUGGUAGUAAUGAAGGUAUAGAAAAUAAUAAUAAUAAUAACAAUAAUAAUAAUAAUAACAAUAAUAAUGAAUUUUCAAAAAGAUCUUAUGGACAUAAUCAAAAUCAAAUACCACAUCAUCAACAUAAAGGUGAAAGAAAACAUCCAACAAUUGGUCAAAAUAGAAAUUCAAAUAAUAAUACACAAUCACAACAACGUAAUAAAUUUUCUGAUAGAUUUGCUCAUCAACGUCAAUCAAGUUAUGAUUAUGACAGUCCAUUCGAAUUUAAAGAAUUUAACAAUCAUUUAAAUAAUGAUGAACUUUAUCCAUUUGGUGAGGAGGAAGAAAAUAAUUUCGAUAUGGAUAAUUUUGAAUCACCAUCAUCAGCUCUAAAUAGAUAUAGAUCAAAUAGUGGUAGAGAUAACCUUCCAAGAAUGUUUAGAAGAUUUUAA